AGUAUUAUUUCCAAAGUCCGGAAGCAGACCAAGUCACCAAUCGCAAGAAAGAAGAAGAAAAAGAACAGAGCUAGCUAGCGGAUACGUGCGGGAGGAGACGAUGGUGAUCAAGGGCGCGCGUCGCGUCGCGCUGUUCUUGGUCGUCUGCGCUGCUACUCGAGCUGCUUCGGCUGGCGAUGGCCCACUGCCGAAUGGCAACUUCGAGGACUCCCCGGACAGGUCCCAGAUGGACGGCUCGACGGUCACGGGGCCGGACGCGAUCCCUCAAUGGAAGACCUACGGGCACGUGGAGCACAUCGCGUCGGGGCAGAAGCAGGGCGACAUGAUCCUGACUGUGCCAGAGGGCUCUUACGCCUUGCGCCUGGGCGACGACGCCUCCAUCCAGCAGCAGCUGUCCGUGACCCCUGGCACGAUCUACUCCGUCACGUUCCGAUCGGCGCGCACCUGCGCCCAGAACGAGAAGCUGAGCGCGUGGGUCGUGCCAGGCGGCGCGCCCGACGAGGUCCACGUCCAGACGCUCUACACCAGCAUCGGCUGGGACUCCUACUGCUGGGCGUUCCAGGCCCAGGCCAGCAGCGUGACGCUGGUCAUCCACAACCCGUUCCACGAGGAUGACAAGUCUUGCGGCCCCAUGAUCGACUCCGUCGCCAUCAAGACGCUCUACGGCGCUCCUCAGGGCAACAACAACUUGCUGAGGAACGGGGACUUCGAGGAAGGCCCGUACAUCGCCCCGGGAUCCCAGUACGGGGUGCUGGUGCCGCACAGGGACGAACGUGACAUCUCGCCGCUGUCCGGGUGGAUGGUCCUGUCGUACCCGAACUCCAAGGUCGUCAGGUACGUCCGGACGCCGCAGGGGUCCUACGCCGUGGAGCUGGUGGCCGGCGGGGAGGCCGCGCUUGUCCAGGAGGUGGACACCGUGCCCGGGAGCUCCUGCAGGCUGGACUUCACCGUCGGGGACGCCGGCGACAACUGCGUGGCCAAGGAUCAGCAGCCCAUGCGCGUGCAGGCGUCCACGGCGGACAACAGCACCACCGUGGAGUACAGCUCCGAGGGCUCGGGCGGGAGCGUCCGAGCCUCGCUCGAGUUCAAGCCGAGCCAGAGCCGGACGCGGGUGGUGUUCUGCAGCACGGGCUACCACAGCAAGUCCGACAGCAGCGGCACCCGCUGCGGGCCCAUCAUCGACGACGCCUCGCUCGUCUGCGCUUCGCCGACGCCGGCUGCUCGCCGGUUGCUUCGCUGAUAUGUGUGUUGGCUGGCGGCCGGUCGUCAUGCAUUAUGUAUACCCGUAUGACAGUACAGUACUGUAGCGUACUGCGCUGAGACUGAGAGAGCAGUACACUUGUACUUGUACCGGGUACCCAUUUCAUUCGUUUCUUGUUUUCUCGAGGGA